AUGAAUCCCGCUGUCAACGCAUUCGCCCCGAACAUCACUCGGCAGACCGGUAUAGCCCACCAGGUGAGCAUCUCUCCCUAUCCAUACCUUGAGGCCCGCAUCCUCAACCUCGAGGAGGGACAUGUAAGCCUGUAUGAAGACAUCAAUCUCCUCCGAGAGAUGAUUCACGGGCUCUCUUCCUCCGUUCAAAUUCUGGAGAAGGGUGGCUGGCCAGUGCAUGUCGGACCAUCCCAACUGGACCUCAAGAAGUCACACCGCGAUGCUACAGAGCUCAAGAUGGAGCUAGAGAAGCUCAAACUUGAGGUCACGCAGUCACUGGACGGUAGUGCUGACGCGCAAAAGGCGAACGGUAUGACUACUUCAAAAUCUACAGGCAGUGUGCCUCCUCAUCUCAGGGCGUCCAAUGUCAAAGUUGCCCCAAAGGCGAACAGCAUGGCGACUCCCAAGACUGCAGGCAGUGUGACCAGCAACGGUACUGUCAAGAAGUCUCUUCCACCACACCUGCGCAACAAGAAGGUUGAGGUCGGCAAUGACAACAGUACUCCGGAGCAGGUUGCCGACUCUAUAGCAAACAGUCCUCUUGCUACAGAUGGCCAAGUUGAUCCCGGUUCCAACAGUGUUUCGACCCCAAUGCCAACCGCGUCUACUCCGUCUAAGACUGCCGAUCAAAAGCUGCCAACAUCUGCCGGAGACAACCAGCAGGAGUGGAAGCCAUACCACCUUAUGACUAUCGCCGCGUUCCAAGGCCGGAUCCCUUCAGGCGAUGCAACAGUCACCUUCCAUCCCGAUUUCCUUGACAACAUCUUGGGUGGAGCGCCCUGGUCACCUGGUCUGCGCUUUGUUCAAGGCAAAGGUCCUUGUCUCUUAAAGAACCGUACCUACUAUCAACUCGACCCGGAGAAUGAUCCUUAUCUCCCCAAGACUGCAGGAGAGCACGGCGCGAAGCUUACGGCAUUCUUCAACGAGUCCCCCCAAGACGCAUUCCCCCACCUUGUGGACUCCGACUUCUACGAGGAUGUGCCUAUGUUCGUUCUCGUAGGUAAACGCUACGUAUACUACGGCAACUAUUCCCAGACGCGCUGGUCCGACAAGCUGGACCAUGAUACGAUGGCGACCAAGGUUCUACAGUCAGUCAAGGAGUUCUGGGCCGAAGAGCUCACCUCAUCGACUCGCGAGAAGUGGGUCACCGAGGAGCUCAAGAAGCACUUCUUCCCCAAGCCCCAGUACGAGGGUCGCCUCUUCGCUGUGGCUGAUAACGAUACUACUGUCGAUACUGAAGAGGACAACAAGCUCACUGAGAAGAUGGUAAAAGAUAUACACAAGUAUGCUCAGUCACUGCGUGUGUGGGAGCGCGACGCCAACAUGAAGACCGCCAUGAUCAAGAAGCAGUUCAUUCUCGACUCGUUCAAUGCAUCUGACAUGGACGAGCCGCCGGCGCUUCGUCUCUGGUGGGAGUACCUCGAGUGCGUCGGUUGGAAGAAGGACUUCUAUGACCUUCUCGUCAUCCUCCAGAAACGCGAUGCAAAGAGCUACCUCCCCUGA